AUGAGAGGUCGUGCGCCUGUACCUGUUUCCUCCGGGGCUGCGGCCCAGAACGGUCACUCUCGAACUCCGUCUGGACUCGACGUUGCCCGCAGUCCUCCGAACCAGAGCAAUAAGAACACCAAACAUGUUCCUUGCAAGUUCUUCCGCCAGGGCGCCUGUCAGGCAGGCCCCGCCUGUCCUUUCUUACACUCCACCGACGCAGGAAUUGAGUACGCCCCAUGCAAAUAUUUCACCAAGGGAAACUGCAAGUUUGGCGCCAAAUGCGCACUGGCGCAUAUUCUACCAGAUGGACGAAGGGUCAACCGACCCACCGGGGGUAUGGGAAUGGGAAGCGGCCACCUCAAUCUGGGCGGCCGAGUGAACCCACAAGCCUAUGUCAACCAGGACUCCGCUUUAACCAACUCGGUGCUUUCGCAGCAGCGCAUGAACGGCCACGAGCAGCCUCGAUAUGCCCCGCAGAUGCCCCCGCAGGAGGAGUAUGGAUCCCUGAGCGGUCAGCAACAGCCAUCCUUCGAUGGGAUCCCGACAAUUGACACGGGCCUCGCCUCCGAUGCCGGCUCCAAGUACGGCUCUCCCGCCGAAGACUCGAGAUUUCCCAUGUCGCCCAAUAACAACCACCUGACCGCGCUUGAUGCGGGGCUCCCGGCCUCCUUCGACAGCCAGGGAAUCUCACACGCUGCCCGUUAUGGUCCGGUGGCUGCCUCGAUGCCGUCGCAGUUUGGAUUGGAAUCGCCUCCAGCCCAGAGACCCGGACAAGCUGACGUCUUCCGCAACUUGCGCGACAUUGGAUACAGUACGAGCCUGCGGAGGCCUGGGUCAAACAUUGGAUCGUCUCCCCCCGCCCUCGAAGACACCAUUGGUACCCGAUUCAUGCACUCGUCCCGCCCCGUCAAAUCACGCAUGCUUUCCGCUAGUGUUCCACGCCCCACAGCACUGGAGGAUUGGGAUGAGAACUUUCCCAUGGAGGAGGACUAUCUACCGGUCAAUCUGCACGAUGAUGUUCUGACUCCGCAGGAAAAGCUGCGCCGACUGUCCCGGACUGAUCACGACCUGAGCUCCAGUCACCGUGACAUUAGUGGGCUCGGUAUGACCAGUACCAGUUUCUCGAAGACUGGCUCUCCUUUGGCGUCUAGCCCGUCUCGAUUUGGUGCUCUGUUUGCCAAGCAGCGUCAGCGUAAAGAAGAGGAGUCUCACGGCUCUUCUUCAUUCCACAUCGGCUCCCCUCUCCGCGAAUCAUCAUUGAACCCCAUCACCAGCCCUAGCCUGGGUCCCAUUGGUAGCAGCAGAGCAUCUCACGAUGGCGGAUCAUUCCUUUCGAGCCCUGGACGCCAGUCAUCCAUGUCUAUGAUCUCCGAGCAACUCGGGGGUAUGUCCCUUCAUCCCGGCUCGGCUCGCCAGACAUCUGCGGGCCCAAGCGGUCGUCUUGACCGAAUAAUCUCUUCCCCUGUCAACACUAGUAAGAUUGAAGAAGAGGAAGAUCCAAGUGAUCUCGUAUUUGAUAUGGAAGAAGAAGUGGGCAACAAGCGAAACAACACCUCGUGGAACGAGAACAAAGAAACCACCGACUCCUAG